AGCUUCUUCUUCGUGUAACUUCUUCUUCGUCUUCUCGAGGUUCCUCCAAGUAGCGGCGCUGAAUUCAAUGUUAAACAUGUUUAUUUUAGGUCAAUUUAAACACAUUUUCCUCCUGUUUUAAAAUCCCACUUUUAUACCUUUAAUGCCCGUCAGUCUUCACUCACACGUCCCCGCCCGCUUGAACAUGGUGAACGCGGAUGAAGUCGCUAAGUUGUGCUACGAGCGGUUCAGCCUCCUUCCCCGGAGAGGGAAGCCUGAGCCGGGCAGAGAGUGGACCCUGCUGGCCGCCGUGGUCCAAGUCACCCGGGGCGUAAACUCUGACUCAGACAAGAUGGAGGUUGUUUCUCUGGGAACUGGAACUAAAUGUAUUGGAAAGACGUGUAUGAGUCCUAACGGGGAUGUUCUGAAUGACAGUCACGCUGAAGUCAUCGCGAGAAGGGGAUGCAUCCGGUACCUGAUGCAGCAGCUCGUCAGAGCCGUGGACGGAGGCAGCAGCUCAGUGUUUUCUCCAGCUGAUCAACCGGGGAAGUGGAGGCUUCAGACGGGAGUUUCCUUCCUGUUCUUCACCAGCCACACUCCCUGUGGAGACGCGUCCAUUGUCCCUAUGACUGAUGCCCAGUCCCAGUCCCAGUCCCUGUCCCUGUCCUCCCGAGGAGGAGACGAAGGAGGAGGAGGCUUGAAAAGGAAAGCAGAGGAACCCAGUGAAGGACAAAACAAAAAGCUGGACACAGGAGACACUAAACCGUGUCGUCCCGUGGGGACAGACGCUCCCGUGGACGUCCACAGGACGGGGGCUAAGUGCGUCCAGGGCGGCCCCGUGGACCCUCUCCUCCCUGGGGGGGGCUACCACCGCACGGGGCUGCUCCGGGUCAAACCGGGACGGGGGGAGGCGACCGUGUCCCUGUCCUGCAGCGAUAAGCUGGCGCGAUGGGGGGUGCUGGGCUUCCAGGGGGCGCUGCUGUCCCACUUCCUGCAGGGGGCGCUCUACUUCAGCGCCGUGGUGGUGGGGAAGUGUCCGUACAGCCGGGACGCCAUGCAGCGAGCUCUGGUCUCCAGAUGCUCCCAUGUGUCCGACCUCCCGGCUGGUUUCUCCGUGUCUCCUCCGGCGCUGCUCCAGUCCGGCCUGGAGUUCCCCUUCAGCCAGGCCCAGACCGAGCUCCAGCACCAGAACCGGGCCGGACGGGGGCGGGGACGGGUCUCCCCCUGUGGGGCAGCCAUCAGCUGGUGUAAUGUGGCAGAGCAGCCACUAGAUGUCACCGCUAACGGCUACAAACAUGGCGUCACCAGGAAGGUCCUGGGGACGCCCAGAGCCAGGUCUCUUCUCUGUAAGUUGGAGCUUUUUCGUUCCUUCCUGUCUUUGAUUUCCGUCACGGAUGCUUCGCGCCUCCCGGACUCACUCAGGACGACAGAGCUGCAGACGUACUGGGACUACAAGCGAGCGUCGCGGUCGUACCAGGAGGCCUGGCAGCAGCUCUGCAGCCAGGCCUUCCCUCUGUGGCCUCGCAGCGAUAGAAACCUCCUCCUCUUUCACUGAGAGAAAAAAGCUGCUGCUCAUGAGGCGCUGGUGAAAAGACGUCUCCUUUGUUGCAGCGUGAACUCGAAGGUCUCGGGUUUAAAAUGGCCGCCGGCCUCCGAGCUUUGUUUGUGUUAUCGGACUCGUGGAACUCCCUUCUCAACGCCUGGUUGGCAGCAACACACACAAAGCUGGGAAAUAUGACGCCUUCCUUACUUUUUUUUCUUGUUUUGGGUCUACGUGUAUUAUUUAUGCACUGUCGCUGGAUUAAACAAAUGAAAAACUGUAAUAUAAGACUAAACCAGAGCAUAAACUGUAUAAAUGUGGACAACACGUCUCCACUUCCACCAGUUACAAGCAAAUGUUGGAUUAUACACCAAAUUUAUUUAAAAAAAAAAUAUAUUAUUCCAACUAAAACUGAAACUCAUAGAAACUUAUAGUAAACUUAUAGAAGGGGGUGGAGCUUAUGACCUAUAAUGCAGCCUCCAGCCACCAGGGGGAGCUCUACUUGCUUCGGCUUCACUUUAGAGGAGCAGGACUCAAAAUUACGAGGUUUAAUACCGGCUACGUCUCCAUGUUUUCAAUGGUUUUCCACGGGAAUUAAGGCCCAUGUGUCUAUGAAAAUAAAUAUGAAAGUUAAAUUUAUCCCCUGGAGUUGAACCCUUUUAUUUAUAUAUAUGUGUAUAUAUAUAUAUAUGUAUAUAUAUAUAUAUAUAUAUAUAUAUAUGUGUAUAUAUAUAUGUAUAUAUAUAUAUAUAUAUAUAUAGUCUUUCAUUUUCCAGUGACUUCAAAUUACUUCCCAUAAACUCAUCUUUGCAAUCUGCUGAGUUAAUAAGAAGCUGAUGAGGUUCAGACACUAAACCAGCGCAGAGACAAACGACUGGUUGUGUUGUUGCUUUAACUCAGCAGAUUGUUGGUGGUUAACUCUGAACAUGGUGCUGUGGGUUAUGAGUCCUGGUGUCUAUUGUCUCUGUGGGUCGUGCUAACUUUGCACAUUCCUCACAUUUCCUGUGUAAAAAAAAAAAAAAAAAAAACCUCCUCUCUGCUAUAAUAAUAAAAAAAUGACCUUCAAACCAUAGAUGUGACCGUACUUUAGCACUUGACUGAUCAUAUUUGCUCAUUUUCCUGAAUAAACAAUCACCCAAGUCUAAUAUUUGUGUGUUUGAUCAACGUUACCUCCCGUUAAUUACACUUAAAUAAAACAAACACGCAGUAAAAAUCCAUUUCACAUUCAUUUUUAUUGGUCAGUUCUUCCAGCUGGAACCUUUUUUUUAUUCCAUCUAAAACUCCUUCAUAUCCUAAACGUCUAAUGAUCGUACAACACUGAUGAAGUAAGACAGUCGCAGCGUCGCCCGUGUUUUAAAGCUGCAUCAGCUUCAUUGCUGCACAAACUGGACAUAAACCGACGCUCUAACGCUCUAACGCUCUAAUUAAAGCACCGACAGGUUCCUUAAGGAACCACAGGAACCACAGGAACCUCGCAGCCAAAGAGCCGAGCAACACUUUACUUGAAGUGAUUGAAGAUCUGUUCAUUUGUUUCUGGUUUCAAUCAUUAAAAGAAACGUUUUUCUGGAUUUUCAACCUUCAUGUCCACCUCCUCGAAUUUCACCGAAAGUUUCUUAUAGUUUAUAAUUCACAUAAUUUGACGUAAAUGCUGUUAGAGGCGGCUAAAAAAACACAGAAUCAGGCGACACAUUGUGUUUAAGACAAACGUUAAUGGUCGACAGGAAGACAGUGCAAAGGUUAAUACCUUAGAGAUGGAAUAUUUUCACUUUACCACGUUAAUACUUCAUCCAUCAGUGGGUUUACGUUUAAGUUUAAGUUGCAGAAAAGCAUUUUAGGGAAAUGUAAAGAAAACACAAACCAGUUUAAGGCAGAUUUGAUUACUGAGCAACUGUUAGGACGGAUUUUAAUAAAUCAGGAUCAAGCUGCGUUUCCUUUCCCCCUAAAAAUGCGCAAAAUGGGAUGGAAACAUCUACAUUUCUAAAAAAUAUCUAAAGCUAAAACAUCUUUACGCCCUCGUCAGGUACUUUUUUCAGACGUGUCGAUGUAAAAGUUGAUCGCAAACGUGCAGUGGAAACACUUUUUUGUCGUUUCCCUGGAGACGAUGGAGGGGGUCAUGUGACCGGUUCGUUUUAAGUCCAUCUACCUUUGAAGUGAAUUUAAGAGAAUUAUGAGACAUCACGAAACGCUUUUAUUUAUGGAAACGCAGCAACUGGUCAGAGAAAAGACUCUCGGGAAUCUGGAGGAUCGUGACAUAUUCAGGAUUAACGCAGAUAAACUAAUACGUCUCCACGGAAACGUAACUAUGGUCCUCUUGGUUGCAGCGUGUUUCUUCAUCGCUGCAAUAUUCAAACUGAUUGUUUCAGAUAAAUAAAGAAUCUGUAAGUUUAACCCGAAGAGGUUUUGAAGAUUUUGCGAAAUUUCAACAAAAAUUUCAUUGUUGAAAUUGAAGGUUACGUACGAAUGUUCCGUUGUGUCUGGUUCUGCAGUAGAACCUUAAACUGAUGACUGAUCAUUUCCUCUCAUCGUAUCCUUCACAUUCUGUUUCUACAAAGCUGCGGGAAAAUUUUCAUUUCUGUUUUUGUGCGAGUUUUAGCCAAUUUUAAGGUUGUGCUUUCCAUUUUUUUUCUGACCCCUGAAUUAAAGUUGUGUUAAAUGUUAAAUUAAGAAAAGCGUAAGUAAACAAACGGGAGAAAACCACGUGUUAAAUGUUAGCAAAUCAUAAUUAAUGUCUGAAAAAUGAAAAGGAAUAUUGAAAUAGAAAGUUUCAAUCAACCAACCUUUAUUCAUUUAACAGUGACAGUCAAAGAUCGGGAGACUAAAUCACACCAAGACACAAUAAC